AUGUCUGAGCCGUCCGACCCAGUGUCGCCUGCCACGUCGCAUCGCUCUGCCCCAGUUUCUUUUCCAUCCACUCCACCUUCAUUUCCAAAGAGGGUGCCUCUAGUUCACCAGCUCCCGGUCUUGAAGGCAGAAUUGAAAAAGGUCGCAGCAGCUCGCGGAAAUGUGUAUGCCCAGAAAGUGGCAAUUCUUGUUCGCUGGGAAGAUGACAAUACGGGCGCAGAAGAAGAUCUCAUCACCAUGAGCAAAGUCAUGGAAACUUUCGACAUCCAGUGGACGAAACACGUCCUCGAAACAACAGAUCCUAUACCAGGUUGGACUCUUGGAGACAAGAUUCGCAAAAUGCUUCUUGACUGCUGUCAUUCGAAACUGCAUUCCUUGUUCGUGUUCUACUACGCCGGGCAUGGAAUUAUCGAAGAUAAUAAUCUGUCUUUUGCCUCUUUCCAGAAGCGUGUUUCAUGGUCCAAUAUUCGCACACAGAUUGCCUCCAAUGAGAAUGCAGAUGCUCUGAGACGUGUCGAUGUCCUGGGAGUUCUUGAUUGUUGCUACUCUGGCGCGGCAACACGAGCGCAGACCUCAAGAACGUUCCAAGUUAUGGCAGCCUGUGGUCCUGAUGAGGUAACAAAUCCUCGUGGUCAGAAAGUUUCAUUCACUAUGCGAUUUUCCCGCGCAGUCCAGCAAUUUAAACACCAGUCAAGCGUGACAAUAGCCGCCUUGUUCCAGGAGAUCCAAAGACAGAAACCACGCACUGCUCCAAAUGCCGUCAUGGUAAUCCUUAGCGGUAUCCAGCCAAUCACGCUCGUGUUCAAGGACCACGGUACUCCUUCUCGGAUCCCUCGCCUUUCACCCCAUGUCAACGAAAAACACGUACUUGUCAAACUGACCCUACAUGGUCACAGCCAAGUACCGGGCCAUAACGCAGUACUGGAAAGCUUCAAAACUGCGAUACAGGAUCUACCUACAAACAUGAAAGUUGAGAUCUCAGAUGCUUAUGAAACCGAUCAAUCAAUUUUCCUCGUUAUGCGGAUGUCAUGGGAAGCGUGGUCACUGUGGACAAUGGUGUCCCAUUUAGACUUUAUUGGGGUCACUCUUGGCCCUUCCUUAAUGUCCCCGCGCCUGAUGGAAGUUCCAGUCCCUGUCGUUGGAGAGAACCGUCCCCCUUUGCCAUGCAAAGGCAAAGCUGAGUAG